CUUGUUUAGAAUCUUCACAGAAGGAUGCAUUAUCAGGCGGCGUCGGCAGCGGCUGAGGCGUGGGGUUACGUGGCUGCGGCGAGAGGGGCGACGAUGGACGCGCUGGAGCGGGUGGAGCGGCUGGCGGGGGAGAGCGCGGUCGUCAUCUUCAGCGUCAGCACCUGCUGCAUGUGCCACGCAGUGAAGCGGCUCUUCUGCGGCAUGGGGGUGAGCCCCAUGGUAGUGGAGCUGGACGAGGACCCGCGCGGCGGGGAGAUGGAGCGCGCCCUCGCUCGGAUCCUUGGUGGCGGAGGAGCGGCAGUGGCAGGAAGCGCCGCCGUGCCUGUGGUGUUCAUCGGCGGGAAGCUGGUGGGGGCCAUGGACCGGGUCAUGGCCGCCCACAUCAACGGCACCCUCGUGCCCCUCCUCAAGGAUGCCGGCGCUCUCUGGCUCUGAACCCACCGCCUCAAAACCACGAACGGUAUGAUCGGUUCGCGUCUUCCUCUUAUAAUGCAGCUACAGAUUACCAACUUUUUCAUUUAAUAUGACUUCGUUUUCUAUCUAAUAUUGGUUACUUAACAAGGUUUAAAAGAGAGAGAAAGAGAGAGAGAAUGCGUGUGUGUGUGUUUGUGCGAGAGAGAGGGAAGGGAGGUUGGUUUUUUGGGUCCUCCAUUUUGGGUACAAGAUGAUUGAUAUGCAAAGGCUUUGCUUGUAUUACCUUCUUCUAUAAUUUUCUUCCUUUUUCUUCUGGGUUUUCGUGAUCAUGUGGGGUUUGACAUGCAUGAUAGUGAUGCUGAUCAUAUGUAUAGAAACUUCUUGAGUGUUGAGCAAAAACUGGCCAAAUGGAUUGUUUCCUUCUCCGAGUUCAUCCAAAUGCAGUACUUGUCAUCUCUCUAGUUAAUUUAUAUCAUGGAUCUGUCCUGAACUUUUGCUUGACGAGUCAAAAUGAACUGCUAUUUAAACUUCUUCUUCCUAC